UCGUUUGCGGUGCACUGUGUUAUUUACAGUAGUAUUGUUAUUUGUUAACCGAUCGCGGGCUCCUUUAAAUGUGUUUUGUGUCUUGAGUGUUGUGUUGGUGUGUGGCCUUGUGAAACAAGUUUAUUGUGUGUAAAGUGUUUGUGUUGUGCAAAAAAUGGAUACCAUUCAGAGGUUUCAAGGACUUUAGAUGGUUCCUUCAUUUCCACAAUGCAAUUUGCAAUACAUGAGUGUAAAGCGGUUGCUGCGUGCACAAAUAUGGAGGCGCUUAAAAACAUAGGAUGCAGUAUAUGUCUAGAUUGAUUGAUUCUGUUGAGGAGGACCUUGUCCUGUUGCACGUCAGCCACUGAUGGGCUUUUUGCGCUCCCUACUUCCCCACUUUGUACAUCAGAGUCAAACCUGAGCUGCUUAAUGAACUUCAGCAUCCUACCUUUGAGCUCCUCCUGAGGAAGGUGUCUGCCCCUUGUCAUUGCUCCAAGAGCACUGUACCUGUACCUUACCUCGUUCAGAGCUGUGCAGUUGAAGAGUCAAUGAUCAGCAGCUCCUCUGAUUGCCCACAUUUCCUGCACACAGAGGCAGUGUCUCCAUUGUGGAUCCUCAAGCGAUGCAGUCCACAUGUUUGAGUCGGCCCGAUGUCGCGCUGCCCGGCUACGCUCGGUUCUUCGCAGCAGCCGCAACCGAGGAACAACACCACGCAGAACUCCUGGCCUCAUUUGUCAACAGCCGCGGAGGUGAUGUGGCGAUACGUGACGUACCGGCACCCAGCCUGGCACCUGUACACGACCCUGUGGUGGCGCUGCAUCACAGUAUAGACCUGGAGAGAUCUGUGUUAGCGAGCCUAGAAGAACUGCACAAGAUAGCAAGUACCCAUGGAGACAGUUAUUUGACAGGUUUUCUCGAGGAGCAUUUCAUCUCGGAAGGUUACGAAAGCAUUAGACAGCUGGCAGAAAUGUUAACAAAGCUACAACGGGCAGGCUCAGCAGAAGGGAUAGAGCUGUUGGAUUUAGACCUUCUUAGACAUCCUCCAAAAAUCUGUGAGAGAUACAAGAAAUAGAAGAGCAAAAUUGUGUACAGCCGUAGUACACAUCUCCUGCAAAUAAUUUGGUGGUUUAAAUAGCUUUUUGUUAACAAUUCAAAAUUUCCACCAAUAAAUAAUGUAAGAUAUAAAUGCCUGUGUGUAUCUUAAUCUACCUACAUAAUAUCAAACACACAGGUAAGGUCAAAACUGAAAACAGAAGCUUGUCUAGUUUAAGUGCUCUGGGCUUUCAUUUCAAAUAACACAAAGGAAAUUCUUAACCAACCUUAUAUAUCCCCAGAUGCUUUUAACAGAUUGCAACAAGGGUUUUUCUAACAAUUUUCUUUAUGGAACAUUUUCUUUUGACCUUUUCAAAUCUACAAAUACUUGUGAUAGUAGCUUCUUGGGGAAGUGUAAAAAAAUCAUGCUGGAAAAAAAACAAGGAAUAAAAACAGCUUUUUAAAACUAUGUACUUUAUCAAAUUAAAUUUUUACACAUAACUCAUUCUGUUAAAACUAAAAUCUCAC